AUGGCGAACUCUCGUUUUGAAUAUGUACGAACAUUUGAAAGAGAGAACAUUCUUUUACCUCAAACGCAUAUUAUUAUUAGAAUUGACGGAAGAGGGUUUCACAAAUUUUCAUCUGCUUACGAAUUUCAAAAACCAAAUGAUCCAAAUGCUUUAAAGGUUAUGAAUUUGUCGGCACAAGCAUUAAUGAAAAGUAUUCCAGAUGUCAUGAUGGCGUACGGUGAUUCGGACGAAUAUUCGUUUUUGUUGAGAAAGAAUUGCGAUCUUUUUGAAAGAAGAGAGUUUAAACUGAUAACAGCGUUUAGUUCUGGUUUCAGUGCUUAUUAUCAAUACUACUGGAAUAUAGUGUUUCCUAAUAAACCUCUAUCUGUAGAAAGAUUACCAACAUUCGAUGCUCGGGCAGUGGUGUAUCCAAGUGAUUCUAUAGUGAAGGAUUACUUCAGGUGGAGACAAGUUGAUUGUCAUAUCAACAAUCUUUAUAAUACGAGCUUUUGGAAUUUAGUUAUCAAAGGGCAUUUGAGUCCUCAAGAAGCAGAAAAUAAAUUAAUGGGAACUGUAUCAUCGGAUAAGAAUGAAUUGCUAUUCAAAGAAUUUGGAAUCAAUUACAAUGAUGAGCCAGAAAUGUAUAAAAAGGGAACAGUUUUUAUACGUGAUGUUGGAGAUACAUUGGACCUUGUACCGAAUAGUGAUGUCAACCUGAGUAAAAGACAAGUGGAACGGCUCAGGGGAAAAUUGAGAAAGGUGACCAUUAACGAAUUACACUGUGACAUAAUCAAAGAAGAGUUUUGGAAUAAACGUGCAUGGCUUUUGAAAUAA